AUGGGUUUCUCCCGGCCUCACCUCCGGGUCGCACAGGACCGGUCGGCCUUCGCAGAAGGUAAUGCGCGCUGGACAAACCGAGACCUUGAUCCAGUACCACGACUCGGUCGCAAGUGGGGGGUUUCUAGCUUGAUAGCUUACUGGAUCUCCGAUGCAUUCAACGCAGCGACAUGGCAGUUUGCCAGCAGUAUCAUUGCCGUGGGCCUGACCUAUCGCGAGGCUCUCGCCAUCGUGGCCAUCUCAUUCUUCAUCAUGUCCUUCGUCAUUGCGGGCAAUGGCGCGGUCGGUGCCAUCUACCACGUCCCGUUCCCAGUCAUCGCUCGCGCGAGCUGGGGCUUCUGGGGCUCCUAUAUUGCUAUCAUAUCACGACUCAUUCUUGCCAUUUUCUGGUUUGCUAUUCAGGAUGUCAACGGCGGAAACGCCGUGCGGGUCAUGAUCGGCGCCAUCUGGCCCAGUUAUCUGACGAUACAUAAUGGUAUCCCUGAAUCGCAGGGGAUCACGACCAAUGGCAUGGUUGCCUUCCUGAUCUUCUGGAUUGUUCAGUUCCCUUUCCUCUGCAUGCAUCCGAAUAAGCUGCGAUGGCUGUUCACUGUCAAGUCGGUGCUGGUCCCCAUUGCCUGGAUCGCCAUCCUCGUCUGGGCCUUUGUCGCUGAGAAGGGUGGCGGCGGUGUUUUCGAGCAGCAGCGGUCGUCUGUGUCGGGGUCCAAAUAUAGCUGGCUGUUUCUAGCCAACAUGACCAGUGUCCUUGGGAACUACGCGACACUGAGCGUCAACCAGUCUGAUUUCUCGCGCUACUCUCGCGUCAGUCCUCGUUGGCAGCUUCUCUAUAUACCCAUGCUGCCAAUCGUGUUCACUUUCAUUUCUUUCAUCGGCAUUGCUGCCUCGUCAGCCGGCCAAACACACUAUAAGCUUGCCGAGAUCCCGUGGGAUCCCAUGGUCCUCAUCAGUCUCUGGCCAAAUCGGGCCUGUCGCUUCUUCGGCGCCUUUUCCUUCGCGCUGGCAUCACUGGGGGUCAACAUAUCCGCGAACUCUUUAUCUGCCGCGAACGACUUCACCGCGCUUGGCCCGAAAGUCCUCAAUAUCCGCCGCGGCCAAAUCCUGUGCGCGCUCCUCUCAUGGGUGCUCGUUCCAUGGAAAAUCCUUGAGUCUGCGGGCAACUUUCUCACUUUCAUGUCCGCUUACGCCAUAUUCCUUGGACCUAUUGCUGCAAUCAUGCUUUUUGAUUUCUGGGUCAUCAAUAGCCGCCGGUACGAUUCUCUUGCGUUGUACCAGCCCCGUAAUCCAAUCUACCGGUACACUUGGACCCUUCCAGGGUGUUCUGGUCGCUCUCUAUCGGGAGUCAACUGGCGAGCUCUGAUUGCUUUUAUCGUUGGUGUGGCGCCCAAUCUACCUGGUCUGAUCAAUGCAGUGAAUCCGAAGAUUGAUGUUGGAGUUGGCGUGCAUCCUUAUCAAUUCGGCUGGCUGCUCGGGUUCUUCUCGACUGCAAUUGUUUACUUAGGCUUGUCCUGGGGUUUCCCUGCCACAGAAACCAAGGUCGACCGUGCCAUAUUGCCCGAAGAAAUAUACGACGCGAAUAAUGUGGUCGAGGGAUUGGAGACAGAUAGUGCGGAGCGCAUGGAGACUUCCAUGACGGAGAAGACUCACGAUAAAUCUGAUUCUGGGAAAGUCGUUUAG